AUGGCGAACUUUUCUCGGAGCAGCGACGACGACGGACCUAACAGCAAAAGACCCUGCAUCUACAGAACGGCGAUCUCCCCCUCCUCUUCCUCCGUCCCCGCCGCGAAUUCCGGCGAAGUCGGCUACGGCUACGGCAAACGCCGUGGCGGCUACAACUCCGUCAUACCUCCAUCAUAUGAGGCGAUUAACCGUGUUGAACCUCCGCCGCCGUUUGGGCGGUUGUUUUAUUUUAAUGAUAUUUAUUAUGACGAUGAAGAAUUAGUAGCAGUAGAAGAAGUAGCAGAAGAAGAAGAGGAAGAGGAAGAAGAAGAAGAAGAAGAAGAAGAAGAAGAGGAAGAGGAAGAGGAAGAGGAAGAGGAAGAGGAAGAGGAAAGAGGAAAUAAUAGGCGGCGCGUGGAAGAAGAACUACAAUCCAGCGCAAGAGGAGUAAAUUCGACGGCGGCGAGACCCGUUUCUGUGAACCUGAUGGAUCCGGAUCUACUGGAUUGCCCCAUUUGCCUUGAACCACUUAAAUUACCCGUUUAUCAGUGCUGGAAUGGGCACAUAGCAUGCGAAUCAUGUUGCGCCAAGAUGAGCAAGAAAUGCGCGAGCUGCUGCCUGCCGAUCGGGUCCAACCGAUGCAGGGCACUCGAGAAGGUUCUAGAAUCGCUCAGAAUCUUGUGCGCGCACGCGCCGUACGGGUGUUCGGACCUAAUAAGCUACACCGACAAACACGCACACGAGAAAACGUGCAAACACGCCCCUUUCUACUGCCCACUCCUCGGCUGCACCUACGCCGAUUCCCCCCAAUCCGUGUACUCCCACUUUGCCGUAACACACUGGACUUCCGUGAAGUUUGACUUUGACCGUAGCUUCCGCGUCUCGUUCGUCCAGGACCAGAAUCACGUGUUUCUUCAAGAACUGGACACUUUAAGAAUAUUCGUACUUAGCCGUUUUAGUGAAAAUGCCGGGAAUUACGUCAGUGUUACUUUCAUUGCACCGGCUUCGUCGAGGAGGGAGUAUUUCUAUAAUCUUACGGCGAGAUGCGGAGCGAGAUCAAUUAUGGUGACGAGCGUAGCGGAGUGCACUGCGCGGUGGAGUGCGGAGGCUAAGGCCGAAAGGUUCGUUGUGGUUCCGACGGACUUUUUAACCUCGGCUGGAGAGCUCGAGUUGGAACUAACUAUAUGGAAGCUCGAAGCAUUGUCUCUAGCGUAAUUAGUAAUUAUGGUUUUAGCUAUCGAGGCUUGCUCGUAACUUUUAUUGUUUUAUAGAUUGUGUUGUUAAUCGAUAAACGUGGGCUAUUAUUAUUUUUUAUUUAGCAAAUUCGGUUGCUUUAAAAGCUCAUCCCUUUUUUUUUUCGUUUCUCUCUUCUUUAAAAUAAAAAAAAAGGAGGGUAUUUACUGGUUCCUCAAUUCUGGAUCGAUGAAUCUCAAAUCAUACUUGGUUCACCGCCGAGUAGUAAAUAAUAUUCACCCUAAUUUCAUUCGUCGAAUAGGGCCUUUAACUUGAAUCUCAAUAUCUACGACUAGGGGUGGAAAUUGGAAUGGAAUUUUCGAACCAACUCUUGAAUUUAUUGUUGAACCGAAGAGGCAAUUUGAACCCAAACUAAUACCCUGUUAAUGAAUUGUAGAUGAGCUCAUACAUUUAAAUUUCGAAUCUUGAUCGUUUACUUUGUAGUAAAACUAUGUUUGUUUCGGUUAUAAGUAUCUUUCUCCGGGUAAAAAAUUGUUACAAGUAUAGGAUUCUGUCACAAUGGUAAUAAAUGGUUAUAUUCUAGCCAUGGGCGUAGGCAGGCAGAAAUAAAGACUUUCGCGACCCACAAAUCUCGAUGUGGGACCUCGUUCCGUAUUCCAACUGCAAACAUUGCUAUGUACGCAAUGCGCAUGUCGUGGUACUGUGGGGAUGAAAGAUCCAUGCAUCGAUCGAGUUUAGUUCGAGUGGGGAUGAAAGAUCCAUGCAUCGAUCGAGUUUAGUUCGAGUAGAAUCUAUCGUUUCUUGGAAUUCGUUUACGUAGCCUUCUAGUAAAGACUUUGGCAUCCUACUUCCUUU